ACGUUUCUAAAACCCAGAUUAAACCCUCCUCUCUAUUCCUCUUUCUCUGUUUCAAUUCUCAGGCAAUAAUGCAAAUUUCUCUUAGCAAUUUAGCUUUCAAAACCCCUCAACUAUUUCCAAUUCACCAACCCAUAUUCCCUCCAAAGCCACCGAACCACCAAGUUUCGUUGCAAACCCAAGUCAAUUUGCUUAGAGGGUCAGGGUAUUUGUCAGAAAUCAGCAAAGCAAUUGAUCACGAAGAACAGUACCGUAUAGCCCGGUCACAGGUUAACCGGAAAGUUUUGGACUUGGAAGGUUAUUCCAUUGAGGGCGUCUCAAUUGGAGGCCAAGAGACAUGUAUCAUAAUCCCUGAGUUCAAGUGUGCUUUUGAUAUUGGGAGGUGCCCCUCCAGAGCUAUUCAUCAAAAUUUCCUUUUUAUUACUCAUGCUCAUCUUGAUCACAUUGGAGGGUUGCCAAUGUAUGUGGCUAGCCGAGGUUUAUACAAUCUGAAACCUCCCACUGUGUUUGUGCCUCCUUGCAUCAAAGAGGAUGUUGAGAAGCUGCUUGAUAUUCACAGGACAAUGGGCCAAGUUGAAUUGAACGCUGAAGUGGUUGCCUUGGAUGUGGGGGAGACAUAUGAGAUACGGAAUAACCUUGUUGUCCGACCAUUCAGAACGCAACAUGUUAUCCCCAGCCAGGGUUAUGUAGUCUACUCAAUCAGGAAAAAGCUGAGGAAACAGUAUGCUCACCUGAAUGGGAAACAAAUUGAGAAGUUGAAGAAGCAAGGUGUAGAGAUUACAGACAUUAUAUUAUCUCCUGAAGUGGCCUUUACCGGGGAUACAACGUCAGAUUUUAUGCUUGACCCAUGUAAUGCUGAUGCAUUGAGAGCUAAAAUUCUUAUAACUGAGGCAACUUUCCUAGAUGCAUCAAUCAACAUAGAUCAUGCUCGGCAACAUGGUCACACACAUUUGUUUGAGAUCAUGGAAAAUGCUCAGUGGAUUCGAAAUAAAGCAGUUCUAUUGACUCACUUUUCAUCAAGAUAUACUUUAGAGGAUAUUCGUCAAGCAGCAUCAAAAUUGCAGUCCAAGCUAUCUGCUAAAGUGGUUCCUCUUACAGAAGGAUUCAAAUCAUUGUACACUUGAGUGUUCAAAAUCAUUUCUCUCUUUACCAUUAUCAGUAUAUCAACUAGUACAGAGA